AUGACCAGUGUUGUAUCAAAUCAGUCGGCUAGUUGCAGCCCCCUCAAUUUCCUUGCUAACCUUGCAGGUGAACAACAAAGGAGCUUGGCUUUAAAGAAGACAAUCACCAAUGCUGACUUGGCCGUCAGCCCAUCUCUCUACCUGAAAGCACUCUUCAUGAAGUCAUGCCCGCAUAUUAUGCUGCCCCUUCGUUCCAACCUCGGUGAUAUGAGGGCGCCACCGGACAUUUACGACAUGGAGCUCUCGCGAGCAGUUCGUAUGUGCGACCUGGACAAGAUGAGAGAGCUCCACAAUGCUGGCAAGUCGUUUGACGCCUGCAAUCGAUUCGGUGAAUCUCUGUUGCACAUGGCAUGCCGCAGAGGCGACGCUCGAGUUGUCAAGUUCCUCAUCGAAGAAGCCAAGGUGCAAGUGGACGUAACUGAUGAUUUCGGAAGAACUGUCCUUCACGACGCUUGCUGGACUGGAAGUGUUCACACUGACGUGAUGGAUGUACUGAUCACGGCCGUCCCACCUGAGUUUUGGGUCACAGAAGACAAGAGAGGCCACACACCUUUCGACUAUGCUCCCCGAAAAGAUUGGGGCCCUUGGUUGAGGUACCUAAGGAGCAAACAAGGUCAAUUUGUCCGAAACUUUGCUUACUUGUACUAG